UUCAAGGAACUAAUAGAAACUGCAAAAGAGUCCUGAUAUGGUAUCAGAGGAGAUUCUUUAUGACAUAAAUGCCCUCUGAAUCUACGUGAAGCAGGGCAUGGGACUUCACGGAGGAAACCAAGAAGAUGGACCAGUGCCUCCGACACCUGGAGUGUGAUCCAAGCCUGGAGACAAAGCCAUGCUCUGCAGCUAGAAGACAAUAAAAUGAGCAAUGGAGCCACUGUAUGAGGAGUAUCUAACACAUGGUGGAACCAUUGUCAAACCUUAUUACUGGCUAAGCUUCUCUCUAGAUUGCACUAACUGCCCUUACCACAUUCGGACAAGAGAAGAAGCAAGAGUUCCCUACACAGAAUUUCAACAGAUUUUUGGAUUCCCAUGGUCAACAUACCCUCAAGCAAAACACCUCACAUUUUAUGAGCUGAGAAGUUCCUUUGGGAACCUAAUACAAAAGGGUCAUGCUAGCAACUGCACUGGUAAUCACAACCACCCAGAAUCAAUGCUAUUUGAGAGGAACGGCUACCUUGACUCAGUCAUAUCUCAUAACAGCAACAUCAGACAUGUCAUUCUGUAUUCCAGCCACUCCCCUUGUAAUGAGGCUAACCACUGCUGCAUCAGAAAAAUGUACAACUUCCUGAUGAUGUGUCCAGAUGUCACUCUCAGUAUUUUCUUCUCUCAGCUCUAUCAUACCGAGAACCAAUUUCCUACCGCGACAUGGAACCGUGAGGCUCUUCGGAGCCUGGCCACCUUAUGGCCCCAGGUCACUUUGAGUCCAAUAAGCGGUGGCAUUUGGCAUUCUAUUCUCGACAAUUUUGUUAGUGGUGUCUCAGGAUCAACAGUUCUCCAGCCUUUCACAGCUGGGAGAAUGCUGGCUGACAGAUACAAUGCUUACGAAAUAGACUCCAUAACGGGAGUCAAGCCUUAUUUUAUCGAUGUUCUUCAGAGCCAGCGAAAAGAGAAUCAGAACAUAAAAGUUCAGGCGGCUUUUGAAAAUCACCCCUUAAACAAUGCUUAUCCUGGACAGCCCUUCCCGUGUCAGGACCCCAGGACUCCUGUUCUUUUCAGGCUGGCACCUUACAGAGAUCUACCGCCGAUCCAUGUGGGUCAAAACGCACAGAAACCCAGGAAUGUGCUAAGACACAUGGAUAUGCCUCGACUGUCAUCAGUUGAGGCCAAAGACCUUAGAAAACCUCCCUUGGCCAGGCCAGUGGAGGUGGUGGAAGCCACAAACAGGUCUGGAAGCAACAAAGAGGAAAAUGAAGAAAACAAAAAAAAAUGGAAAAAAUAAACUUUAAUCAAGCCAAACAUUUGCUAAAGAAUUUAGUAGACAGAUAAAAAAUUUGGACAUUCUCCCUUCUAGGUCUAACUGAGAUGGGGAUAAAUUGAUGUAAUAAAAGUAAAACACCUG